AUGAGGCCUAAUGCCCAGAAAAACUUCGCAGUUGUCACCUCCCACGGCGUCGGCGGCGGCGGCGGCGUGAAGGUGAAGCACGUGCUCGAGGUCAGCCUCGACCUGAAGAGGUACGAGUACUACACGUUCGGGGAGUAUGACCACGCCGCUGACGCGUACGUGCCGGACGCGGCGCUCGCCGACGGCGACGACGGGCUUCGCUACGACUAUGGCAACUUCUACGCGUCCAAGACGUUCCUCGACACGGCGAGGCACCGCCGCGUGCUGUGGGGCUGGGCCAACGAGUCGGACUCCGCUGCCGACGACGUCCGCAAGGGCUGGGCCGGCGUGCAGGCGAUCCCGAGGAAGGUCUGGCUGGCGCCCGACGGCAAGCAGCUGAUGCAGUGGCCGGUCGCCGAGAUCGAGUCCCUCCGCGGCAACCACGUCAACGUCACGGACAAGCUCGUCAGGGGCGGCGGCGGCGGGAACUACUUCGAGGUGUCCGGGCUCGCCACGCCGGCGCAGGCGGACGUGGAGGCGACGUUCCAGGUGAUGGACCUCGACAAGGCCGAGCCGUUCGACCCGGCGUGGCGCGGCGCCGACGCGCAGGCGGUGUGCGCGGCGCGCGGCGCGGACGCCAGGGGCGGCGUCGGCCCGUUCGGCCUGUGGGUGCUCGCCUCCGACGAGCUCAAGGAGAGGACGGCCGUGUUCUUCAGCGUGUUCAAGCGCGACGACGCCGACGUCGCCCGCGUCGACGGCGGCAAGAAGCACGUCGUCCUCACGUGCAACGACCCGUCCAGGUCGUCGUACGCCGAGCAACUCUACAAGCCAACGUACGCCGGCUUCGUCGACGUCGACAUCGCCCCCACCGGCAAGAUUUCCCUACGAACUCUGAUUGAUCACUCGGUGGUGGAGAGCUUCGGAGGGCACGGGAAGACGGCGAUCCUCGCAAGGGUGUACCCGACCAAGGCCGUCGGCGACAAGGCGCGCCUCUUCGUGUUCAACAACGGCGAGUCGGACGUCAAGGUCACCAACCUGAACGCGUACGACAUGGGCUCGGCCAAGAUCACAACAGAUGCAUGAUCGGGUGAUCCGGUUCAAUCUGACACGAAA